AUGCGGCUCACCGCCGACCUCAUCCGGGAUUCCCUAUCCUACCUCAACCCGCUCAAGGAGCGAGAGCUUGAUCUUCGAGGCCACCGAAUUCCCGCGAUUGAGAACCUGGGUGUCGCUGGUCCUCACGAUGCCAUCGACUUCACAGAUAAUGACAUUCAAGUACUGGGAAACUUUCCCUUAUCGCCUCGAAUAACGACCCUUCUCCUCGCACGAAACCGCGUCUCAAGUAUUCAACCCUCUCUGGCUAAGGCUAUUCCAAACCUUGCCAACCUGGUGUUAUCGUCGAACAACCUGACAGAGCUUGCGGAUUUGGAUGCGCUGGCGUCAUUUCCCCGCUUGACGCACCUGGUACUGUCGGAUAACCCCGUUUCCAAGAAGGAGAACUACCGAUACUGGGUACUAUGGAAGUGUCCUUCCGUGCGGUUUCUCGACUUCGCCAAGGUUAAAGAGUCCGAGCGGGAGAAGGCUCGCGAGCUCUUCGGAACUGAAGAGGAGCCAACGGCUCUGGCUUCAAAGAUCCAGGGUAUCAAGACCACAACCUUCAACACCUCGACCGACGGCUCGGACGCGCCCUCCAAACUUUCCCGGAUAAAGCUGACGGACGCCGAGAAGAAGCGACUACAGGAGCGUAUCAAGAAGGCUACCAGCCUACAGGAGAUUAUCGCGCUGGAGAAGGAGCUGAACGAGGGACGUCUGCCUUCUGGUAUUCACGGAGAUGCCAUGGAGGAAUAA